AUGGAAAAAGCGAAAGCGUACAUAAAGAGCUCGUUGAAUACGAGCGGGGGGCCGAACCCGAGCCCCCCGGCGACCAACGGCACCGCUAACAACGGCAACACCACGCCCGGACCGGGCAAGUCGCCAGUUUCACCGGCACCCGCCAGCGCACCCGCUUCCGCGCCUGCUACGCCCGCCGCUCGCGAACCCACCAACGACGAGCGCGUCUGCUUCGUAUGCGGUGGGACGGGGUUCAGCGAUUAUUUUAGCAUCAGGGUGAAGCCGGAUCCUCAGACGACCGAGCCGUACUUCCCGUUCCUCGGGGGGCACGCACCACCGACGGGCUAUCGGAGCGAAGGUGAUGAAGAAGGCACUGUAAAAUGCUGCUGCGUCUGUUACACGUUUCUGCGCUCGCAAUGGGAGCAAUACGACCGCGAGAACAAGCCGCACACGCAGAGGUUUUAUUGGAUGAAGCGGCUCGAUGGAAAGCCUUUUAUAGGAGCUGACAUGUCAUUCCAAGGCGAAUACGCAGCGCAGGUGUUAGGACUCGGGGCUGAUGGGAACGCUCGGGACGAUACACCCACAGCACCAGCACCAACCACGCCUCGCCCUGCCUCGCGACCCUUAGCCGAGGCGCCCGCAAGAACAACAUCGCCCAAGAAAGAGAACCAUGUCAAGUUCAACAACGUUAAUCGGACGAGGUUUCCAGUCGGCGCUGGUGUUGAAGAAGAAGGUGUAUUAGAUCUCCGGGCACGGGAUCCAUCUGUGAUAUCGGUCGGAUCGCAGCAUUCUGGAACAUCAGAACCUGCAGGCUAUUUGGACGCUGUCAGAUCAACUGUAUCCGUAUACUCCGGCAAUUCAAACUCGAGUUCGGACCGCGACAUCUUAGACCUAUCGAUGCCCGACAAGAACUGCAUGACGGAGGUGUGCUACGUGUGCGGUGAUGAAUACAGACGCGGUGCCCUGGUCAACCUUCAUACCAAUUCGCCGAAGGACAAGUGUAGUAAACAGCCGUACUUUCCGAUCUUCGGGGAGCAGCACCCGCGCCCGCCGCGAUCAAGGCCGAAAGAUGCGCAGGGUACAGUCCGCGCGUGCGCAGCUUGCCACACGCAUCUCAUGCACCAAUGGAGCACCUAUCAGAUGCGCGGUGUACCACCCCACGAGCGCGUAUAUACGCUUCGUACGAGACCGCCAUCCCUUCUACCUCCAUCCCCUUUAAGCCUGGCGUCGAGUGGUGACAAAUCCGCGGCGCACGCGCAUUCGCCUUCCUUAGAUCGACCGCCCAGCCAGAGCACGGCUACUUUCGUCUGUUAUGUCUGCGGCGUCUCUGCACCGAGUUCUCAACUAAGACUGGUCUAUUGCUGUCCGAAUCCAGAACGAGAGCCCUAUUAUCCAUUUAUUUAUUCCCUCAAGCCCCAUCCAGAUGCUAGCCCCAUUAGUCCGCAGGGUAUGGUGCAAAUAUGCGCGUCGUGCAAUAAGAGCAUCCCACACAAGUAUCCCGCCUACAGCGAGAACGGCGAGCUCAAUAUUAACAACGCACACACCAACAAUAACAUUAGAUUUAAGCCAUAUGAAAUAAAAAGUUCUAGUGGAGCGACGAAACGGCCGUCCAAUGCGCUCGCGGCCAGUCCGCAUGCGCAACUCGUCAGCGGGGAAAAUGGCAUGGGUCUCUAUAGGUGCUACGUCUGCGCGGGCUUAUUCCCGCAGCAGUCUAUGGAGUGGCUGUCAACGAGUGCUGAAUACAUGAACUCGCACGCGAUGCAUUUCCCCUGCCUCGCCGUGUGCGGCGCGGGCGCAGCCGCUUCGGGCGCCACGCCGCGCGGCGGUCGCGUAUUGGCCUGUUCGAGAUGUGUGAGGCAUCUGGCGAGGCAAUGGGAGCUGAUGGACGCGGAGAGGGUACCUUUAGAACACAGAAGGUAUAAUAUACCUUCACCGCUUCCUUCAAACUCUUCAGUUAACGGGGAACGAGUGAUCCCUACACCUCCUUCGACUACCUCCGAUCGGACGGUGGCUAGUAAUAGUGCAUGCACGUCGAUAUAUUGUUUCCUGUGCGGCCUGCACUCCGACUUUACACUGGCGCGGAUACUGUACGGGCAACCCCAGGGCAACGCGCCUUACUUCCCCUGCCUAUUAACCCACCAGAGUCAUCCAAAUGCGGAGCAACUUCGGGAUAACGGUUCCGCCCUAGUCUGUACAUUCUGUUACCAUUCCUUACUCAGUCAAUGGAGGAGAUACGAGGAGAGUGGUAGUUACCCCGCUGAGCGGCGCGUCUACAAUACGCACGACUACCACUGCCACCUGUGCGCCGUUAAGACUUACCGAAAACGAGUGCGCGCGCUACCUAUCAAAGAAUUUCCAUUUUUAAGUCAAAGAAGAACUGAAAAUUCGUUAUUAUUAGAAAAUGGCGACUACGCUGUUGUAUGUUUAGAUUGUUAUGAGAGUUUAAGGACGCAGGCGCAAGACUACGAGCGGCGCGGGGUGCCGGUCGAGAAGCGUGAAUAUAAUUGGCUGCAACAGCCGCCUCCGCCCGAGGACAGCGCUGACGUCACAAUAGCGAGGUUACCUUCAGGAGACAGAUCAGACAAGCUGAUUCCUCAGUCGCUGGUGGUGUCUCGUGGCAACAGCAAGCGACACAGCCCGAAGCAGCCGGAACGUCGCCCGCCCUCCGCUGCUAUUCCGCCCGGCCUAGCGCUACCAGCUAUGUCACUGCCCUCUCAGCAUUCACAGCCGUCCGCCCUGGCGCUCACCGCGCAUAAAAUCGACAAACACGAUCAAGAGUACCUCGAUGCCAAGUUCGCUUGCAUCUCUUGA